AUGGAGGGUCUUUCUGUGUCAGAGUUAAAUCGCCAGGUUGUUACCCGAUAUUUCCAAGAGUUUUGGACCAAUGGGAAUGCCAACAUUGUUGAUGAACUGUGCGACGACAAUGUAACUAUCUUCUACCCUAUGCAUGGCCGAAUGGUCGGUAAAACUGCCGCCAAAGAGGUCAUAGCUAGGUUUAAAACAGAACCCGCAUUUCCAGACGUUUCGUUUCGAUUGCUUUCCCCGUUUCCUCUAAUUGCCGAAAGCGAUUACGUAGUUGCACGGUGGUUCGGUGGGGGGAAGCAUACUGGGCCGGCAUUCUACGAAUUGCCUGUUGGAAGUCUGCCUGUACCCAAUACUGGCAAAGAAAUGCGAUUUUCUGGAACUACAAUCUAUAGGCUACAGAAUGGUAAAAUCAUAGAAGAGACGGGUGAAGAGUCUGGCCUGGUGGCGCUGCAACAGCUGGGUUUGAUUAAAAUGAAUGAUGGUUUUGCUCCAUGA